AUGUCGACGAUGCUACCAAUCAAACAUGUAACCAAACACCGUCUCAGAUCCAAACUCUUUAUCUCCUCCAUUCUCAACCCUUGCUCUUUCCAUGCUGCAUGUGCUACACUCGCAUCGUCACCUUCUUCUCCAUCAACGCCCUCAACUUCAAACUCCUUUUUGGCCUCGCAAAACGACGUCGCCGCCUCCUUCAAGACGUGGUUUGCGACCCGGCAGUUAGAACUGGACCCCCUUGUUCACCGCAUCUACGAAAUCCUCGCCGCCUCCGGCGACAACGACGACUGCUCCGCCGCGCUCUCCUACCUCUCCCUCCCUCUCUCCGAGAGGUUCGUCCUCCGCGUCCUCCGCCACGGGGCCGCCUGCAGUGAAAUCCUCCCCUGCCUCAAGUUCUUCGACUGGGCCGGUCGCCAACCGAAUUUCCACCACACGCGGGCCACCUUCGUCGCCAUCUUCCACAUCCUCUCAGGAGCCAACCUCAAAUCCCUAGUCCUCGACUUCCUCGACGCCUACCGCCGCCGCAUCUUGCACCACCGCGUCCGCUUCCACGACAUCCUCGUCGUCGGCUACGCCAUCGCCGGAAAGCCCCAUAGCGCGCUCCAAGCGUUCGCCAGAAUGCGAUUCAUCGGCUUGGACCUCGACUCAUUCGCUUAUCACGUCCUUUUAGACUCCCUCGUUGAGAAAAAUUACCUUAACGCUUUUGACAUCGUCGUGAGGCAAAUUCGCGCCAGGGGCUUCGAGAAUCACCUUACCAAUAUCAUUGUUAUUAAGCAUUUGUGUAAAGAGAGAAGGUUGGAGGAGGCUGAGGAUUUUCUCAACGAUUUGAAGUGUCGUGGAGAGGAAUUAAAAGGGCCUGAAGUGAGCUUUUUGGUUGGUGCUUUGUGUGAGAGUUCUAGGUUUGAGCGUGCAGUUGAGUUGGUCAAGCAAUUUGGGAGCUCUGGGUUGGUUCCAUUGGAUCAUGCUUACGGGGUUUGGGUAAGGAGUCUUGUUCAAGGUGGGAGGGUGGAUGAGGCAUUGGAGUUUUUCUCUCAGAAGAAGGAUUUUGAAGGGUAUUGUCCUACCACUAUCAGGUAUAAUGUUUUGCUUUAUAGGCUUUUGCGGGAGAAUCGGCUUGGGCAGGUAUAUGAUUUGUUGGUGGAUAUGAAUGAGAGUUGCAUUCCCCCUAAUGAGGUUACCAUGAAUGCUGUUUUAUGCUUUUUUUGCAAAGCGGGGAUGACGAAUGUUGCGUGGGAGUUGUACAAUUCAAGUUUUGAGUUUGGUUUGUCUCUCAAUCAUAUGGCUUCCAAGUAUUUGAUACUUACUUUGUGCUGGGAUGGAGGUGUUAUGGAGGCAUACAACGUGCUCAGAAGUUUGGUCGAUAAGAGUUAUUUUCCUGAUCUGCGGACAUUUUGCACUCUAGCGAGUGCUUUGUGUAGGGAGUGCAAGAUUGAUGAGAUGAAAGAGUUGAUGUAUCUUGCCGUGGGGCGGAAUAUUUUACCUCCUGCGUCAAUAUAUAACAAGUUCAUAUCUGCUCUGUGCCAGGCUGGGAGAGUGGAAGAUGGUUAUUUGGUACAUGGGGAACUCAAGACUGUUGCUGCCAGGUCUUCGUAUGUUAAGAUGAUUAAGGGUUGUGUUAAGAUGGGUAGGGGAGAUAUUGCUGCUCGUCUUCUUGUUGAAAUGAAAGGGAACGGUCAUAAGCUGACCCAUCCAUUAUGUUCAGCUGUUAUUUGCACCUUACUUGAAAUGGAUAAUUCAAGAGGGCGCUUUUUCAAUUUACUGGAGAUGCUGACUCGUUAUGAAAAUUCUGCUUGGACUUACAACUUUUUCCUCCGCGCAGCUAAACAUGCACGGAAGGCUGAGUUGGGUAGGGAAGUAUUUGAGUUGAUGCAUAGAAAUGGUGUUCGGCCCAAUUUGAGUUCUCGUAUUCUUAUGUUGCAAUGUUAUUUGAACAGAGGGAGAAUUUCUGAUGCUCUGAAUUUUUUUAACGAUGUCAAGCGCCAGGGUUUGGCACGUACGAAGAUAUAUAAUGCCUUGGCUGUUGGUCUUUGCAAGGCCAAUCGGGUAGAUAUCUCAUGUGAGUUCUUUUUCAGCAUGUUCAGCGUUGGAUUGAAUCCAAGUCUUGAAUGCUAUGAGCUUGUUGUGCAGAAGCUUUGCUCAUUGCGAAGAUAUCAUGAAGCAAUUCAUAUUAUUAGUGCAAAUGAGAAAAUGGGACGCCCAAUAAGUUCUUUUAUUGGCAAUGUACUUCUUCAUCAUUCUUUGAUUUCACCCGAACUCUACUAUACGUGCGUUAAUUUAAGAGGAGUGGAAGAGGGGGUAUUUUAUGGUAAUUCAACGCUUAGCUUGCUGAUUGGUGCGUUUUCGGGUUGUCUCCAGGUGAGCCGUAAUAUUGCGGACUUGGAACGAUUAAUAGAGAAGUGCUUUCCGCCUGAUAUAUACACCUACAAUCUGUUGCUGAAAGAAUUAUGUAAGAGUGAUAUGGACAAAGCUCGUUUAUUGUUUGCUCGGAUGUGUCACAAGGGUUGUGAACCUAAUUGGUGGACAUAUGAUAUCAUGGUACGUGGUUUCUCAAAUCAUGGGAAAAAAAAUGAGGCUAAGCGAUGGCUUGAAGAAAUGUGCGAAAAAGGAUUUUAUAGAUUUAAUCGUAGAAACCAAUAG